AAUUCUAAGGAUAGGCUCAUGUAAUGUGGCACAGCUCUUCUGUCAGCUCCAUAAAUGUUCUUGUUGGUUACUCUAAAAUAAAUUUAACGUCUUGCCUUUAAAUGGAUGUAGCUGCAGUAUUUGUUAUCCUUGUUUGAUCACUGCUAAGUUCUCAUCUUAUCAAAUCGCCGCAGCUAUUUAUCCACUGUUUAUUCAGAUUCAUUAGUUGAUUUAAGAAAUGAAUUCUUCACGAACUCUUCAGGUUUGGAAACUGGCAACUGUCAACUACUUUCAGGCACUUAAACUUCAGGAAAAGCUCGUCUCCGAUCGUAAAGCUUCUAAAAUACCUAACACAUUGCUGUCUCUGCAACAUCCACCUACAUAUACUGUUGGAAAACGACAGACUGAUCAUAAUUUACUGAUAUCUACAUCUGAACUCCGGAAGAUUGGAGCUGAACUUCACUAUACUCAAAGAGGAGGAGACAUUACAUAUCAUGGCCCGGGUCAGGCUGUUCUAUAUCCGAUUAUAUCUCUUCGUGAUGUCGGAAUUGGUGCUAGGAAUUAUGUGGAGAAACUUGAAUUAACCAUGAUUGAAUUGGCAUCAUUAUAUGGUGUAGAAGCUUGUGCUGGACAGAAGGGUGAGACAGGGGUUUGGGUUGGAGAUAGGAAGAUUGGUGCCAUUGGAGUUCGUAUAUCCUCCGGUAUUACCUCUCACGGAUUGGCACUUAAUAUUGAUCCUGAUUUGAACUAUUUUAAGCAUAUUGUACCAUGUGGGAUUGUAGAUAAAGAAGUUACAUCUUUGAGAAGGGAGACAGAUACAGUGCUUCCUUCGGAUGAAGUAGUUCAUGAGCAGUUGGUUUCAUGUUUUGCUCGAGUUUUUGGUUUUACUAAUAUUAUUUGGAAGGAAAAUGAUUCGGCAUUAUUGGAUGGCGCGAACACAGAAAGUUAAUGCUGCAGUUUAACACCGCCUUCUGUUACAUGAGUUCAUUAGCAAUUGCAAGAUGAUUCUUCUACUUGAUGAAAAAUGCAACAAUCAGAUUUUGGAUUAGCCAAGCUGUUGGAGGUAGAUCGCACUUGAACAAAAUUACGCAGAUGCUGGGAGCAGUGGAAGUUCUGUUCCUCCAGAUGCAUCGUCUUUUGUGAGUUAAAAUGUUUGCGAAUUUUCAUAGUUGUUAAUUACUUGGUUGAAACAUAUCAGACAAAAAUUAUACUAUGGAUAUACAUGUAAACUGACCAUCCACCUAGGGGUUAAAAUUAAAUGAUAUCACAAACUGUAAUGAACUAGUGUCCAUUUUCAAGUU